AUGAACAGCAGUCUUAUCAUUAGACAGAUGGGCACCACCGUUCUCCUCCUAGCCAACUCGGGAUCCCGAAACAUGGGGCAUGGCUGCCAUCCGUUGGCUCACGUUGUCAUCCCAUGUCCCUACCUCAAGUCGAUAGAGAGGCCGGUAGCUACAAUAGUGGCUAGUGGAUACAAGGCCGUUUCGUUUUGGGCUAAGUUCGGUCCGUCAACGGUCAAGGCAAGUAAGCAUAUCCCUCAACAGUCCUCAUUAGCUCACAAGACUACAAAGGAUCUUCCUCUCCCAUCUGCUCCUCCUUCUCGUCCUUCUCGAAUCUGGCGGUUAUCUUUCUCGUUCCUUUAUCGCUUCGCCCUGUCCCCCUACGAGAAUGCCAUUGGCACCUUCGCCAUGGCUUCAUUGGCUCAAGUUUCGUCAAAUCCUACCGUAUGGGGCUCGGUUGCCAUGGUCAUGCAAGGCGAAACCACGCCCAUGUACGAGAAUGUAACCAGCGCCUUGACUCCUCGGGGAGCCCAUCAGAUGUACCGACAGGGAGCCUACUUCCGGUCUCACUACCUAGUAACGGAUGAGUCCCUUGGAGACGGGCGAAACCAGGCGGCUGCCCGGCCGAUACGCGGGAUCCAGGGGCAUGCCAUCGACAAUUCGCAGUUAUCCAUUCUGACCGGCACGGACCGGCACGCCAUAGCUGGUGCUGGUGCUUUUCUGCAGGGCCUCUAUCCCCCAGUUGAGGACGCCUUCCUAGAUGCCGAUAUGUCUUAUGAUGCCGCCUCAGACAGCUCUGUCAACUUCCCGUUACAGGGAUACCAGUACCCUGCCGUCAACGCAUUGUCUACGUCAGAGGAGAAUUCCAUCUUCCUACAAGGACAUGUGGGCUGCACGGAGUGGUAUAAAGCUGUGGACCAGCUUCUUUCGGAUCCGACAUUCGAGAACCAACACUUGACUUCUCUGGAACCCUACGAGAUGAUAUUUUCCAGGCCGCCCCUGAACGGCACGAUCCCCGCGAGGCUCGACGUCUUUCACAAUCCAUAUGCCGUCUACGAUUACGUGAGUUAUCUAUACCAUCACAACCGGACCGUCUACGAAGGGAUGCAAGACCGUAUCUUUCAAGAACCGUCAAUGAGCUUCAUUGAGCGGAACGCCCUACAGCAUGAGUUGGCCCUCAAUGCCGACGCCACCUUGUCCGACGCCACCACCGACAAUCCCAUCCGCACCAUCGCAGGCCAGACUUUCGCCCAGGGGGUCCUUGACGCCCUCGACAACGUCAUCAAAAGCAACGGCUCCACCCAGAAACUGACCGUCAUGUUCGCCUCCUACCAUCCUUUCCUCGCCUUCUUCUCCCUCGCCCAGCUUAAUCGCAAGUUCCUCGAUCCCAGCUCUCCCUUCACGACUUUCCCCACGCCGGGUGCCGCCAUGGCCUUUGAGCUCAUAGGCGACGAACCGGACCGGCCCAGCGCCUUCCCGUCCGAGGACAAUCUCUGGGUUCGUUUCCUAUACCGCCGCGAUGUGAACGAGUCCUCCCAUCUUCGCGCCGAGAGCCUCUUCGCCAUGCCCCGCAGCGACUUUACCAUGCCCCUGGCCACCUUCCGCAGCGAGAUGAGCAAGUUCGCCGUCGAUGUCUCUACUUGGUGCGACACCUGCGGCUCCCCACUGCAGUUCUGCGUCGCGCGGCGUGAUCUCGUGUCUGGGAACUAUUGCCAGGGCUGUCCAUCCUACGACGGCGGCCGUUCCAAGGGCCAUAUAAUCGCGGGCUUCGUCGGCGCAGGCAUCACGCUGGCCGUGCUCUUAUUGAUCUUGUGCCUCGGGAGGGCCAUUGAUUGCAUGCGACACAACCGCGGAGGUGGUUUGGUCUCUUCCGGGAUCUGGGGCUUCAGCUCCGGUACCCGUCAAGGUAUCAAGAGUGCAGAGAAGAGGGCGAGCGAUGUCGAUCUGGCCGUGUCGCGGCACGGGACUCGUCAUGAGCGCGGUGGCAGCUGGGAGUUGCGGGGUGGACCUGCCCUAGGUAUGCGUGCGGCCACGGCUGUUUCGCCUGUCAGCGGCGACCACGCUGUUGGGCUAAGUAAAAGUGCUUCGUGGACAGGACGGACGCGGGAGGUCCAAGACGAUGGGCAAAGUAUGAUGAGCGACGACAUUACCCUUGCGUCGCCUGUGCAUCCCCAUGAGGGUGUUUAA